UCCCUUCUGAUUACAUCUAUUCUGCCAACAUGCCAAACGAAGACAUCUAAAAUCUUAGAACGCGGUUCUCGGAUAAAAUACUACUACAAACAUUAAUACUGUAAACAUUUUUAAUACGAGACAGAGUAACUCGAUUUACCAUUAAAAAUACAAAAUUAUGUUCCAUCUUCAAGAAAGCUCGUAAAUUAAAUUAAACAAUAUUAUGAUUGUUCGUUAAUAGUUUACCUAUAAAUAAACAAAUUUAAAAAAUUUAGGGUUAACACGUUUUAAAGUCCUUGAAAUCGGCGCAACGAUUUCCUACGUGGGUCAUCUGGCAGAUCCCUGUCGGUAUUCGCCAUUUGGUCAAAUGAUGCGACAGUUCUUUAGAAUGAAAAUGUCGAAUAAAAAUCGUUAACUUUGCCCGACAUUUUACUUGGUUGACAUUUGCCGUUCGUCUGCCUUAAGUGAUUUGCACGUCAGCAUUUAGCAAUACAUAAUAUUUAUAAAUAAGUUUAUUGUUUUUUUUUCGGUUCCCUCCUCAACGCAAACAUUAUGUUUCCGCCUUGCUACUAUCAAUUAAAAAAAUCGAAAAACCAAGAAAACGCGAUGGAGAAAUCACCUCGAUUCAAUACUCAGCUCGUACCUGGUAGAACAAUCGCAGCCACUGCAGUGAACGAAGAUAGUUGCGAGUUUGGUUCUUCAAAAUACUUGCUACUUUGUGGUUUGGGCGGUAUACUAUCAUGUGGUAUAACUCACACCCUUGUAACGCCCUUGGAUUUGGUCAAGUGCCGUCUUCAGGUAGAUCCGGGAAAGUACAAGAGUUUAACCAAUGGUUUCAGAGUUACCCUAGCUGAAGAAGGUGCCAGAGGAUUAGUUAAGGGUUGGGCACCUACCGCUAUUGGAUAUUCCAUUCAAGGCUUUUGCAAGUUUGGAUUGUACGAAUACUUCAAAAUCUUGUAUGCCAACAUUGUAGGUGAGGAAAAUGCUUACUACUGGCGGACGUCGGUUUAUUUAGCGGCUUCUGCAUCCGCAGAGACCUUUGCAGACAUUGGUCUUGUCCCUUUUGAGUCUGUUAAAGUUAAAAUUCAAACUACACCUGGCUUUGCAAGUACAAUGCGCGAAGCAGUUCCAAAAAUGAUUCAACAAGAAGGUGUAUCAGCCUUCUAUAAGAGUUUGGUACCACUGUGGAUGCGGCAAAUCCCAUAUACCAUGAUGAAGUUUUCUUGUUUCGAAAGAACCGUCGAAUUAAUUUACAUGCAUGUUGUGCCUAAACCGCGAGCCGAGUGUACCAAAGGUGAACAGUUGAUAGUUACUUUUGCGGCUGGAUACAUCGCAGGAGUUUUUUGUGCCGUUGUUUCUCAUCCCGCUGACACACUCGUAUCUAAAUUAAACCAAGAAAAAGGUGCUUCAUCGGUUGAUGUUUUGAAGAAAAUCGGAUUUGGCGGUUUGUGGAAAGGAUUGGGACCUAGGAUUAUUAUGAUUGGUACCUUAACUGCCCUACAAUGGUUCAUAUAUGAUUUUGUUAAAGUUUCUUUGGCAAUUCCUAGACCCCCACCACCAACGCCACCUAAGGGAAAGAAAGCUUAAUUUAUUUAAACUGUAAAACUAUUAUUGUAUUGUAUAAUUUUCUGCGCUGGUUCAUUGAACAUUUAUUAAGUUAAUUAUUUUUCUUUAAAAAAAAUCAUAAUUUAGUUUAGAUAACUCAAGAAGUGUUUUGUUAAAUUAUAUUAAUUGUUGUUCAUAUUAAUUGUCAAAUAACAUUUAAUAAAAGUUUCUCUAUUUAA